AUGAACGAGCCGGUGUCAAAAGCUGCAAAGAUGCCUUCUGUGUUGGAUCAGAUCAAGGAUCACACUGUUGUUGUGGCUGAUACGGGCGAUUUUGAAGCAAUGAAGAAGUACGAACCUACAGAUGACACUACCAAUCCUUCCUUGAUCUUGGCUGCUGCAAAGAUGGAGCAGUAUCAACACCUCAUAGAUGAUGCAGUUCAGUAUGCAAAAGCAAAGGAGGGGUCUUUUGGUGAUCAGUUGGACUGGACCAUGGACAGAUUGUUUGUUAAUUUUGGAUCAGAAAUCCUGAAGAUAAUUCCUGGAAGAGUUUCCACAGAAAUUGAUGCAAGACUGUCUUUUGACAAGGAGGCUUCCAUCUCAAAAGCGAGAAGAAUCAUUGAUUUAUACAAAGAGAAAGGGAUUGAUAAGGAAAGGAUUCUUAUCAAACUUCCAACCACCUGGGAGGGUAUUGAGGCAGCCAGAACCCUUGAACAGGAAUAUGGAAUUCACUGCAACUUGACUCUGUUGUUUUCAUUUGCACAGGCUGUUGCAUGUGCAGAGGCUGGCGUGACACUCAUUUCACCUUACGUGGGCAGAAUCUUUGACUGGUAUGUAGAAAACACAGACAGAAAGAAGUUUCAGCCAUUGGAAGAUCCAGGUGUUCAAAGUGUCACUAGGAUCUACAAUUACUACAAAAAGUUUGGAUACCAGACUGUCGUCAUGGGAGCCUCUUUCAGAAAUACAGAACAGAUAACAGCACUUGCUGGAUGUGACCUCCUCACUAUCAGCCCAUCACUUUUAGAAAAGCUGUCCAGCAGCAAUGAGAAAGUGACUGUGUACCUUUCUGAGAAACAAGCAAAACAGUGUGAACUGACAAAGAUCAACAUGGAUGAAAAAACAUUCAGGUGGAUGCUAAAUGAAGAUGAAGUGGCAACAGACAAAUUGGCUGAGGGAAUAAGAAAUUUUGCUGUGGAUGCAAUUAAACUGGAAAAUGUGGUGAAAGAGAGGCUCUUGAAGUCUUAAAAGACUGGUGGUCAAUAAAAAGAACUCCGUGGUUGUUCUUUUUAAUGGAAAUUGGUGAUAUUUAUCAUGUUAAAAAAGUUGCUUUCCCAUUAUUACAGUCUUUGUUGCACAAAGAUUUAUAUCAAAAUUUCUUAACCUUUGCAUUGUAUCCUUGAUGCAUAUUUUCUAAUAACAUGAUAUUUUGGUAGUAUGUUGAAGAAGGCUUUCACAUUUAAAGGGAUAAUAACUCUUCGUAAUUGAAAACAAUUUAUAGAAAUAUAAUUUAUUC